CACCGCGCCCAGCAAUUUUCGUAUGUUUAUUAGAGACGGGAUGUCACCAUGUUGGCCAGGCUAGUCUGGAACUCCUGACCUCAGGUGAUCCACCAGCCUCGGCCUCCCAAAGUGCUGGGAUUACAGGCUUGAGCCACCGCGCCCAGCAAUUUUCGUAUGUUUAUUAGAGACGGGAUGUCACCAUGUUGGCCAGGCUAGUCUGGAACUCCUGACCUCGGGUGAUCCACCCGCCUCGGCCUCCCAAAGUGCUGGGAUUACAGGCUUGAGCCACCGCGCCCAGCAAUUUUAGUAUGUUUAUUAGAGACGGGAUGUCACCAUGUUGGCCAGGCUAGUCUGGAACUCCUGACCUCGGGUGAUCCACCCGCCUCGGCCUCCCAAAGUGCUGGGAUUACAGGCGUGAGCCCCCGCGCCCGGCCGAUGUCACGAUCACUGUAUUUCGCGUUCCAUCAGUAUGAAAUUGAUGGGAAGGGGCGGGCCCAGGACUGAGCGCGGGCUUGAGUCGUCAUCUUGGAGACGGACGGUCCGACGCUUCUGAUUGGCAGGGACCACGGGACGUGCCCUCUCCGACCGGGAGGUUCUGGGGGGGGCUGGACGCAAAGGCCGCGGCCCCUGGGGUCUGCACAGCGCAGGUGAAAAGCAGACGGCGGGGGGGGGGGGAGCUGGUGGGAGUCAGGAGCCCCAGCGAUGAGGAAAGCGGGUUCGGACGCAGCCGGCGCAUGCGUAUUGGGGAUCCGAGGCAGCACCGGGCGCCGCCAUUGCGCGGAGGCUGCAGUCAGUGGGUCUGGGGCGCCCGAGGCUGGACCGGCCCCAGCAGCCCGGUCACCCGCGUCAUCGGCUUAGGCGGCGGGGCCCUCGGCACCCUCUCCCGCCCCGGUCCACACUGGCAGCGGCGGCGGCGUCAGGGGGCGGAGCCUGCCGCAGCGCCCUUUGUCUGCAAAGGGCUUCAACCUGAAAUUCCAUCUUACAAGAUCCCUGCCAGCAUGCAGGUUUGAAUACCGUAGUGAAAUGUGUACAUGAGGAAUCGAUGCUUUUAGAGAGAAAAAAAGGUAAUAACAACCUUCGAGACCCCCUACAUCUCAGCUGGGCAUGAACAAGGCAAGAUUCUGAGAGUGGCCACCCCUGGAAGCAGAAGUCAUCCUUGUGGCUAUCCACUGGCUCCUGAGGCUGUCAUCAGAGAUGGGGCACCUUUAGAACCAGAGAGUGGCUGUUCCCCAUAAGGACUGAAAAUCAACUUUCAGGAACUGCCCCAGAUCCUGAAGCUGCUGAUCCUGGUAUAGCUCCUGACUGUCAUGUAGAAGAUAACAGAGCUUUGGUGAAAUUACAAUCUCAGAACUGCAAAGAGGUGUAAUCCCAGUGGAAGACCGAAUCCAGAGACUGAAAAAGGAAGUUAUGCCGUCUCAGAGUGCUGUUUUUUCUCAGGAGGAGAACAUGGAGGAGAAAGAAAUGAAUGAUGGCUCACAGGUGGUGAGGUCCCAGGAAUCCCUGACGUUCCAGGAUGUGGCUGUGGACUUCACCAGGGAGGAAUGGGACCGGCUGUACCCUGCCCAGAAGGACCUCUACCGAGACGUGAUGCUGGAGAACUACAGAAAUCUCGUGGCGCUGGGUGAGGAUGGCGUCCCUGCGAAGCUGGAAACCACUCACGUGGGUUUGUUUCCUUAAGCAGAGGAAGCCUCCAAAGCUUUCGUGAACACAGUUUGGGGCCGGGACAGAAGAAUGCUGAUUGGUGUUGAAGUCAGAGAGCUUUGUUUUCUGCUCUUUCUCCUCCAGUGGAACGUCUUAAUUGAGUUUGAGAGGGAAAGCUUCGUUUUGCUGCCUCUGAAGUCUCCCCUCCAGAGGCUCUGAAGACUAAAAGGGUCGGGAAUGUGUCUGAAGGAGAAUUUUGUUCCCAGUAUAAACUCCUAAGAUGUAUGUUUCUCCCGUGAAUAGGGCACCAGCUUUAUAAGCCAGAGGUAAUCGCGCAGUUGGAGCUAGAGGAAGAGUGGGUGAUAGAAAGAGGCAGCCUGCUAGACCCCUGUCCAGGUCCUGACAUAAUCAUUGGUGAUACUGCCGUUUACCGUCAAGUGUCCCAAUCGAGACGAUACUUGUCUGGUUACCCAGCUUCAAGGAAACUGCUCUGACAGGUGCAAGAUGGAGAAAACAGACCCGAAAUCAAAAAGUCAACCGCAAGCCAGAAUAUUUCUGACGAAAAUCAAACCCAGGAGAUGAUAUUGGAGAGACUCACAGGAGACAGCUUCUGGUACUCCAUCCUAGGAGGACUCUGGGAUUUUCAUUACCAUCCAGAGUUUAACCAAGAAGACCAGCAGAGAUAUUUAGGACAAGUGACUUUGACCCACAAAAAGAUCACACAGCAGAGAAACCUCGAGUGUAACAAGUUUGCAGAAAACUGUAAUCUGAACUCAACCCUUAGGCGUCAGAGAAUUCCUUCCAUUAAAACACCCCUGAAUUCUGACACACAGGGAAAUGGCAUCAGACAUAAUUCAGACUUGAUUUUCUACCAGGGAAAUUAUGUAAGAGAGACUCCCUAUGGAUACAAUGAGUGUGGCAACAUCUUCAGUCAACACGUCCUUCUUACCGACCACACUCCUGCAGAGAAACCCAGGGAGUACGGGACGGCCUUCAGCCAGCACUCGUCCCUUUCCCAGCCUCAGAUGGUGCUUACGGGAGAGAAGCCCUAUAAGUGCGAUGAAUGUGAAAAAAGAUUCAGCCAGAGGAUACAUCUCAUUCAACAUCAGAGAAUUCACACGGGAGAAAAGCCCUUUAUGUGCAACGGAUGUGGGAAAGCCUUCCGUCAGCACUCCUCCUUCACUCAGCACCUGAGGAUCCACACGGGGGAAAAGCCCUAUAAAUGUAGCCAGUGCGGCAAAGCCUUCAGCCGCAUCACUUCCCUCACGGAGCAUCACAGACUCCACACUGGAGAGAAACCUUACGAAUGUCGCUUCUGUGGCAAAGCCUUCAGCCAGAGGACGCAUCUGAAUCAACACGAGAGAACCCAUACAGGAGAGAAACCCUAUAAAUGUCAUGAAUGUGGGAAAGCCUUUAGCCAGAGCGCACACCUUAAUCAACACAGGAAAAUCCACACUCGGGAGAAAUUGUGUGAAUAUAAAUGUGAGCAAACCUUAAGCCACAGUCCUUCGCUCAACAGCACGUAACUCAUGGUGGGGGAAAUCAUGUAAAUAGAUAAAUGUAGGAAAUUAUUGGCCAGACAUUUUUAUCCCAUUCAAUAUCAAAUUAUUCAUAGUGGAGAGAAAGCUUAUACAUAAACUUUUUUUUUUUCUUGAGACAGAGUCUCACUCUACACCCUGGCUGCAGUACAGUGGCAGGAUCUCAGCUCACUGCAACCUCCAUCUCCUGGGUUCAAGCAGUUCUCCUGCCUCAGCCUCCCGAGUAGCUGAGGCCAGAGGCACACACCACCAUGCCUGGAUAAUUUUUUGUAUUUUCAGUAGAGACAGAGUUUCACCAUGUUGGCCAGGCUGGUCUCAAACUCCUAACGUCAGGUGAUUUACCCACCUCGGCCUCCCAAAGUGCUGGGAUUACAGGCAUCAGCCACUGCGCCUGGCCAUAAACUUUCAAUGCAUAGAACCCAAAUUAAUUUAAACCUUAAACUGGCAGUGUGAUAGAUUCCAAGGAGGGAUUAUAAAAGGGAAAGUAAUUUAUUUUACAAAUGAGAUUAUAUUUGGAGUCAUGUUCCAAAUCUGAUAUAAAACUUUUUUAAAAAUCAGAAAUCCUUAACCAGGCAUGGUGUUGCACACCUGCAAUCCCAGCUACUCUGGAGACUGAGGCGUGAGAAUGGCUUGAACAUGGGAGGCGGAGGUUGCAGUGAGCUGAGAUCACGCCACUGCACUCCAGUCUGGGCAACAGAGCAAGACUCUGUCUCAAAAAAAAAAAAAAAGAAAGAAAGAAAAGAAAAAUCCCGUAGGCAACCUGUAAUGACUGUAAUUACUGACCUGUAAGUUUUAUGGUGUAAAACUUUUAAAUCAGAAAUUUUUAUUAAUUAAAGGCAGUGUUGGCUGUAUGUGAUUGCUCACGCCUGUAAUCCCAGCACUUUAGAAGGCCAAGGUGGGGGCUCACCUGAGGUCAGGAGUUCAAGACCAGCCUGGCCAACAUGGUGAAACCCCAUCUCUACUAAAAAUUCAAAAAUUAGCUGGGUGUGGUGGCUCAUGCCUUUAGUCCCAGCUACUCAGGAGGCUGAAGCAGGAGAAUUGUUUGAACCUGGGAGAGGAGGUUACACAGUGCCAGGAUCACACCACUGCACUCCAGCCUGGGCGACAGACUGAGACUCUGUCUCUAAAUAAAUACAUAAAAUGUAAAAGUAAAGGCAAGUCUGUAGUGCAGCCAGUCACACUAACUUGAAAUAAACAUAAAAGAGCAAUAUUUCACUAAUGUCAGUUAUUUGUACGGUUUCUUUACAGUUUUGACCAUAUAUAGGAUUUACUUAAUAUUCUUUAUAAAGGGAUCCAAGAUUUUUAACCUUUUAGGAACUACUAUUUAGCAUAUAAAACUAAUAAGUUAUAUGCUAGUUUUAUCUGCUAAUUAUUCUACUUUUCAUCAAAAUCGAUACAUAAGUCUGAAACUAAAAAUAUUCAUUGUUCUACCACCCCAAAUCUUGUAGCCCUGGUUUGAGUAACAGUGUGAUAGUUUGUGGCAAUAUUCUGUGAUGGUUCUAUUUACAAUCUCGGCAUUGUUUCUUCCUGCGAAUCCUCGGGUCACUUUGAGAAAAGCCUCGAAGCAGACUUGAGGCUCCUGUUGAUGAACUUUGAAAUACUGAUUCGGAGAAGUCUGCUUUUCUCUUUUGUUUUCUUUUUAAAUUUCCCUGUGGCAAGCCUAGAUUUUUUCAGUUAAAAUUAUUUCUGCUAUGUUUGUAGAAUAGAAAUUUUGGGUGUUUGUAAAAUAAUGACGGAGGCUAAGAAUUCCCAUGCCACCCCGUACCGCUGUGGAAGCUGCAGGAGUGAGGAGCUGUGGCUGCAGGUGAGCCAUGGUGCGGUGUUGGGAGUGGGAAUUGGGAGAGCUCAGUUGUGUAAACACCUAAAGAAGAUAGGCCGGGCGCGGUGGCUCAAGCCUGUAAUCCCAGCACUUUGGGAGGCUGGGGCGGGUGGAUCACAAGGUCAAGAGAUGGAGACCAUCCUGGCCAACAGGGUGAAACCCUAUCUCUACUAAAAAAUGCAAAAAUUAGCUGGGCUUGGUGGUGCGCACCUGUAGUCUCAGCUACUCGGGAGACUGAGACAGGAGAAUUGCAUGAAUCCAGGGGGCGGAGGUUGCAGUGAGCCAAGAUCGCGCCACUACACUCCAGCCUGGUGCCUGGUGACAGAGCAAGACUCUGUUUCAAAAAAACAAAAGAGUAGUCUAAUUGGCUUAAUCACUUAUUUUAUUUAUUGAAACAUAUAUCUGGGCCGGGUGCUGUGGCUCUUGUCUGUAAUCCAGCACUUUGGGAGGCCGAGGCAGGUGGAUCACUUAAGGUCAGGAGUUUGAGACCAUCCUGGCCAACAUGGUGAGACCCUGUCUCUACUAAAAAUACAAAAAGUAGCUGAGCGUGGUGGCGUGCACCCGUAAUCCCAGCUACUUGGGAGGCUGAGACAGGAGAAUCGCUUGAACCUGGGAGACAAAAGUUGCUGUGAGCUGAGAUUGUACCACUGCACUUUAGCCUGGACAAUAGAGCGAGACUCCAUCUCAAAAAAAAAAAAAAAAAGAAAGAAAUAUAUAUCUGUAACACUUUUUUUCAAAAAGAAUUCAUAUUAGUUUGCAUUGCUCUAAAGGAAUGUCUGAGACUAGGUGUUCUGCAGGCUGUCCAGGAAGCAUGGUGCUGGUAUCUGCUUCCGUGGGUGGCCUGAGAAACUUCCAGUUAUGGCAGAAGGUGAACGGGAGCCAGCGUAUUACAUGGAAGAGAGAGCAAGAGAGAGAUGGGGGAGGCUGCAGGCUGUUAAAGCCUCAGCUCUCACAUGAACUCCCAGAGCAAGAACUCAUUCAGUGACCCAGGGAGGACACCAAGCCAUUCAUGACGGAUCCGCCCCCAUGGCCCAAACACCUUCCACCAGGCCCCACCUCCAACAUUGGGGAUCACAUUUCAACCUGAGAUUGGAAGGGACAGAUCUCCAAAGUAUCAUAUAUCAGAAUUUAAGGUGAUUUCAUUUAAUUUUUAUGAUUGCUGCCCUGCUUGACAGAAGUCACAUUUGAUGUUUUUGUUUGAGUCAGGCUGUCGCCCAGGCUGAAGUGCGGUGGCGCAUUCUUGGCUCACUGCAACCUCCACCUCCUGGGUUCAAGCGAUUCUCCUCUCUCAGCCUCCUGAGUAGCUGGGACUACAGCUGCGCACCACCACUCCCUGGCUAAUUUUUGUGUUUUUAGUAGAGUUGGGAUUUCACUAUGUUGGUCAGGCUGGUCUCGAUCUCCUAACCUCAGGUGAUGCACCUGCCUCAGCCUCCCAAAAUGCUGAGAUUACAGGUGUGAGCCACUGUGCCCAGCCCCACAUUUGAUGUUUAAAGCAUUCUAAAUGGAAACCGUCAUAAACCAUGAAUAGCUGCAAGUCUAGAGACACUUCAGCUUCUCAGUUUUCGGGUUUCAUCUGUCUUCUCAGGCACAGCUGAAGAAACCGUAAGGUUAAGUUAGGAGUGUAGCCCUCUUGCUUUCUCACCUUUAUUCUAACUUGACCCUGGCUUAAGAGUUCCCUGAUUUCUUCUCCCUGAGAAAGGACUGGAUUUUAUAGACCCUGAGUCGAAGCUGAAAUGAUUUAAAGACUUAAAAAUGAUUUAAAAAUGAAAACUCUGGGUCGGGCGCGGUGGCUCACACCUGUGAUCCCAGUACUUUGGGAGGCCGAGGUGGGUGGAUCCCGAGGUCAAGAGAUCGAGACUAUCCUGGUCAACACGGUGAAACCCCAGCUACUCAGGAGGCUGAGUCAGGAGGCGGAGGUUGCGGUGAGCCGAGAUCGCGCCAUUGCACUCCAGCCUGAGUAACAAGAGCGAAACACCGUCUCAAAAAAAAAAAAAAAAAAGGAAAACUCUAACCCCCCCGCAAAACAAAGCUAAUUUCUUUUUUUUGAGACGGAGUUUCACUCUUGUUACCCAGGCUGGAGUGCAAUGGCGCGAUCUCGGCUCACCGCAACCUCCGCCUCCUGGGUUCAGGCAAUUCUCCUGCCUCAGCCUCCUGAGUAGCUGGGAUUACAGGCACGCGCCACCAUGCCCAGCUAAUUUUUUGUAUUUUCAGUAGAGACGGGGUUUCACCAUGUUGACCAGGACGGUCUCGAUCUCUUGACCUCGUGAUCCACCCGCCUCGGCCUCCCAAAGUGCUGGGAUUACAGGCGUGAGCCACCGCGCCCAGCGCAAAAGCUAAUUUCAUUGUAGAAAUUAAACUUUUCAAAGAGCAUUUUCAUCCCCUGCAAUAGUAGGUAUGAAAUAGUUAAUAAAACCUUUAGUUAUUGUAGUCAGAGAGGAUUUGUAAUAGUAUGUUGUUCAAACUUCUAUGCAGUAGAGAUGGAUUUUCAGGGCAAAUUAAUUCCGGAAGCAUCCUUGCCCAAAAAAGCCACAUCUAACGUUCACUUGCCAUAAUGAGAGAGGGUUUCAGGCACUCAGAUUUCAGGAAGGGAGAGAGUGAGCAAAGAUGAGUUCUCAGAGAGCAGAGGUAUGUACUUUUUUAAAGGAAUGGUUGAUUACACUCAGUGAAGUCUUUGAUCAAAGCUUAAUUCUGCAACCAGGAAAAAAAUGUUUGCAAAGAGUUCUAAAGCCUCUAGUACAAGGCAGCGUGUCUGUAUCACAGCACAGGUGAAAACAAGAACAAGAUUGAAUUCUCAGAAGACAAUCAGCAGAACUUGGACGUCCCAGAAAACAAGGUGUCUGGAUGGAACCUGACCACAGUUGGCCAAGAACUUUCACCAAUUCUUCAUGCAUAGGAAUUGUACGUUAGAAUCUUAUUAUAUGUUCCUUAGGGUCAUAAAUGAUUCUGUUUAUGUUAAUUGUACCGUAAACUUGGUGCGGAUUCAUUCUCCAGUUGUCCUUCGUUCGGUUCAAAUGUUCCAAGUUGGCCAGGUGCAGUGGCUCAAGCCUGUAAUCCCAGCACUUUGGGAGGCCGAGGCGAGUGGAUCACGAGCUCAACAGAUCGAGACCAUCCUGGUCAACAUGGUGAAACCCCGUCUCUACUAAAAAUACAAAAAAUUAGCUGGGCGUGGUGGCACGUGCCUGUAAUCCCAGCUACACGGGAGGCUGAGGCAGGAGAAUUGCCUGAACCCAGGAGGCGGAGGUUGCGGUGAGCCGAGAUCGCGCCAUUGCACUCCAGCCUGGGUAACAAGAGUGAAAUUCCGUCUCAAAAAAAAAAAAAUGUUCCAAGUUAAGGAGUGAAGCCUAAAUAUGUUCAUUACAUCAAAAUACUGAUAUUCCCAGAGUAUGGGAGCCAGAGGCGUACACAGCCCAAUACUUGUUUGUUAUGACUUGUUUCUACCCUUUUGCAUAUAGUAGUUUCCUCAGUCCAUCCAACCAGGCAUUAUUGUCCUUUUUCUACGAGAAGAGACACUUAAGCUACACAUAGUGGUAGGUGGCUUACUAUUCACAGUUUCUCUGACUGAAAUGUCACUAUAACAUCAGUCAUUUUGCUCCUAAUCCAGUAGAUACAAACAGUGCCUGGAACAGUCUUUUAUAACACUCUGAAAAUAUUUGGUCAAGAUAUGAACUUUAAUAAAAGGAAAGAUUGCUUCUUAACACCAAAA